GUAGAUCGCCCCCGAUCGUAGAUCUCAUGACUUGAGAGCCAAUCACGCCAAGUGUAAAGUGUGAAGGCUACACUCGACGCUCUCUCUCUCUCCGCCAUGGCGGCAUCUGCACGCAUGGUGAGCUCGCGCUCGGGCCCGAAGAAGCACCCAGUUGUUAUUGACCUCGGCAGCGCUUUCAUCAGGUGUGGUUUCGCCGGCGAACCGCGGCCGAUCCACGUCGUUCCGUCGCCCAUCGGCGGCGGUGGCGACGGCGAGGGCUCGGCGAGGACGGAGCAAGAGUGCGUGGAGGUCCUGACCGGGGUGCUGCAAAGGCUGUACACGGAGAGCCUGCAGUGCCGCCCGAGGGAGAGAAGAGUGGUUGUUUGUGAGAGUAUGGUCAGCCCCCGCCCGCUUCGAGAGGCCGUGGCAUACGUCCUGUUCCGCUACUUGCAGGUGCCCUCCCUUCACAUGUGCGCCGGCCCCGCGCCCGCCCUGUUCUGCACCGGAGCGGACACUGGCAUGGUCUUGGACAUCGGGCGAUCAGAAGCACACGUCGUGGCUGUUUACAGAGGCGCCACUCUCACGAGCUCGUACGCAGGCGUACCGCUCGGGUGUCGCGCGGUCCAGGAGCGCGUGAGAGAGCUCCUCGUCGAGGAAAAGGAGCAAGCGGCGGGGGGGGACGGGGGCGGCGCGAGGCCCCUAACCUCCCGAGAGCUUGAGGACGUGACGGUGCGGGCGUGCUUGGUGCCUGUUGGAGGUGUACCCUCGCCCGACCAGGUGUCGCCCAUGGAGUUGAUGUUUGCGGGUCAUAGAAGAGUUGUCGUAAGCGGCGCCACUCGCACCACGGCCGCCGAGCAGGCGUUGUUUGAAGGGGACGAAGAGGGAAGAAGUCUCGCCACCCUGGUGCUGGACUGCCUCAAGCGGUGUCCAAGGGACUGCCGUAGAGCUCUCGUGCAGAACGUGCUUGUGGCGGGCGGCGGGGCGCUUCUCCCGGGCCUGCCCGCUCGCCUCGCCCAAGAAAUCGAAGCUCUCGCCACCGCCGCCGCCGCGCAGCCGCUGGGAAGCUCCGAGGGGUACUCGUGGGCGCGCGCCGCAGUCUGCGGUGACCCCGGAGGCUUGUGUGUGGUGAGGGUGCCCGUGCGGCGAGAUAACCUGGUCUGGACGGGGGCGUCCAUCAUGGCUUCGCUUGGGGGCAUCGCGGACAGGAGUCUUACGUGCGAGCAGUACCUCGCGCGGCGGGGCGAAGGGGGGGGGGGGGUCGUUGCCGGACUGGAUGUCGGUUUCGUCCGCGGAUUGGCUGUUCGAGGGGGGGGGUGCUGCCGCGGCCGCUGUACACAGCAGCAGGGUUUCCGCUUAGUUCGUGUGUUUUUAGCGGGCAUUCGUUUCCUCUCGUUCUUCCGCAUGUUGACUGUGGCGACAAAAGUUUGGCACUGGGCUGCCCAAGCGAAAACGUUACUUCUGUUCACGCCAGCCACGUAGUGUAUGGAGUGGAGGUGUUUUUCUCGAGAGCAACUUUCCCGGCGCAGAAGCCCUCCCGUCUCUGGCAUGUGGGUGGCUUUUAUCCGUUUCUUUUCGACGAUAUUGUUGAGAGUGUGCACGCACGUUUGCUAGCGUUUGUUUACUCUUGUAGCCGCAGCAGAAACCCCAUUUUUUUUGGGGGGGGGGGACUUCGAAACGAAAAGGCUUUGGGGUGCCCACAACGAUAUAGCACUUGACGCGCGCACCUCCCGAUGACUGUGG